CGGCAAGAUGGACUCGCUCUCACUGUUGGUAAUCUGUCUUUUUUAUCUCACACAGGCAGCAAGUGGACAUCAUCCAACUGGGAACCCUUUGCUAAUGGUCGCUGUAGAAGGAGAUAAUGUUACUUUGCCAUGUGGUAUCCCUUCUAUCAAAACCUGUUCUUCUAUCAGCUGGGACAUGAGUGCAGAAUUUAAUUUAACUGAUGAGAUUAUAAAGAAAGAAAAGCCGACAGCUCCAAGCAGCCACAGGUAUCGCCUGCUCAAAGACUGCUCUCUGCAGAUUACUCAGCUGGUGCUCAAUGACGCACGGCUUUACACGUGUAAGAGUGGAAUGCUCAAGUCAAGUGUUUCACUUCGAAUUCUUUGCAUUACUGAAAGGUCACUUCCUGCAAAUGACAAAAAGAUGGAGCUUCAUUGUUACCUCAGUACAGAUAAAGGAGCUGACCCCUGUUUCAACCGCAAAGAGCUUCAUAUCAACUGGAGCUCUGAGGAUGAUACACCAAUAAAUGGAAGCAGAUUUGUAAUUGAACAUCCACGUAAUUGCUUCUCUAAACUGAUCAUUGAUACAAAAUCGACAGACCACCACAGAAAAUGGAGAUGUCAUCUAACUCAGAAUGACCUUGUUAAAGCCACCAUCAGUUAUACGACAACAGUAGAAGGUGCUACACAGCCUGUACACAAAAUGAAAGAUGUUGCUCAGUACGUACAAAGUGUGACCAGUUCUCCCUUUCCCCCAGAUGGACUAGAGGAAGUGUUUGCCACAGUGGGUGAGUCAGUACUAUUGAAUUGUGGCAACACUUCCUCUCCUGAUAUGAAGUGGACUUUGCGUGAAAAGCAACUGAGAGAUGCUAGCUCACCUGAUAAUGGCCAAAUAAAAGCAUCACAUGUUAAUCAAGAUUCCUCUCUGGUCAUUAGCAGACUGAGCUCACUGCAUGCUGGAGACUACCAGUGUUCACACUCCACUGAUAAAAAAGAUGUGCUCAAUAAAUUCAGGCUGCAUACCCUUGAUGUAACUGCAAUGCCUGCAGGGCUCAGAGGAGAGAAUCUCACCUUGACCUGUGCACUUACCUGUGCCACAGAAUGUGAAAAUGACUUUGAAUUAACUUGGUCAGGAAGUGCCCACAAAGGUUGGCAGAGUGAAUUAAUGAAUAUCAAUAAUACUCUGAUAAAGAAGUUAAUUUUCCCAGAGUCAUCAGUGCGAUCAUACGAAGAUAUAACAUGCUCUGUGCACAGAGAGGGCGCUCGGGUGGCAUCAAAAAAGUGGCGUGCCGUUGACCCUCUGCAAACGCCUGCCUGGGUAGGCCUGCCUCUGGUCAUCCUGAUAGUGGCGGGUGGGCUCUACAUUUACACCAAGAGGAAGCGCAACAAGGAUGCAGCUAAUGAUCAGCCCAGUACUGAAAUGACUCAUGUGUACGAGGUCGUUCAGGAUGAUCGUAAUGAGGAACAACAACAGCAACUACAUUUAAAAAGAGAAGCAGCCACUGCAACAACCAGUUUUUAUGAUUUAUUACAAGCUGUGAACUAGAGUGAAACCACAUGCUAUUCUUUGUCUUUAUCACAAACUUCAAAAUCAUCAACAGAUGUGGUUUACAAAACCUGUUUGAAAACAGACUUUUUUCUAUUUCAAGAAACAGAAAUGCACAGUAAAUCAGCUCCUCCUUUGCCUUGCUACAGACAUGCAUGCAAGAUUUUAAAGAAAUAAAGUUACAAAAACAUGA